AUGCCGACCAUGGCUGCUCUUUUGGAGUUGAAUACCCUCACAUUACACUAUGCGUACUUCAUCCUAGCGUCCAUGAUCGGCAGUGUCGUACUAUUCACGACAUCAACGCAGAUCCAAAACCUUCACUUUGUUGACGCGCUAUUCAUGAGCUUCAAUGCCAUGACGGGAGCAGGACUAAACGUGCUGGACCUCUCCACACUGAAUGUUCCACAACAAGGCACCCUGUUCACGCUUCUGAUUUUAGGUCAUGCCAUUCCGAUUCUUGGAAUCAUCUCUUUACUCCGCGCUCUUGCGCUUCGUCUCGGCCUGAAAGAUCAAUCUAAUAAGAAAGGAGGGAAGCAAAUUCUACCUCACAAGUCAAUCCUGCAGAUACAGGAAACGCAGCCCCACGAGGACGGGAAGAAUACUAUUUCCGCAAAAAAUACGAGCCUGUCGAAGAUAAACAUUGCCGUUAAGGAUUUACAAGUGCAUAUUUCAUCACCUGGCGAGCCCGAGAUACCUUGGAACGCCCGUAACGUCAUCAUUGUCACCGACCCGACAGAUCCUGACCAGAGUCAAGGUGUCGCUUCUAUCACUAGCAUUGGAGGCAGAAAGAACUUCUAUAAUGUGGAAUCCUUUCUUUCUCGGGUGUUCGCGACGUUGAAGAGCAUGAUGCAGCGACUAGGAAAGAUUCUAAGCUGCUGGAGCGGUUCUAUCGGCUGUAAUGAGACAAAUUUGGUAGAGUACAGGGCACUUGCAUUGAUAUCAGUGCUUACGAUAUUCUACACCGUUGUUCUCCUUUGCUUCGGUAUUAUGAGCAUCGGGUUUUGGUCAAAAUAUUCCCGCCCAGAUAUUCCGCGUACAGACGGAGUUUCCCCUUUCUGGGCGGGCGCUUUUCUUGCCACAUCUGCGUUUGGAAACAAUGGCAUGUCUCUUAUUAAUGCCAAUAUGACACCUUAUCAACGAGAGUGGGUGUGCGUUUCUUUGUACCCAGGUUGGCAUACCUUUUUUUUGUUCUGUACAAUUCUGGUGUUAAACGGGAUCCUUACGGGGGCUUUUGAGCUUGCUUCUAUCCACAACACUGAGAUCGAGGCUCUCCCUCUCAAGUAUCGAGUCCUAGAUGGGCUUUUUCAGUCACUAUGUGUGCGUAGCGGUGGGUUCACUGUUGUGGCUUUCGAUGAACUGCCACAAGGAUUGCUGACUUUAUACGUCCUCAUGAUGUAUCUUCCAGCUUCUCCAGUGUCAGCUGCCACCAGUAGAAGUACUGAAACAACCACAACGGGGUCUGCGAAGGUCCCUUUUGUAGAAGCUGAUAAAUGGGUUUAUUCAUCUUCAGCCAGUGGCUCAACUAACGCGCUUUUUGCGGGCGGCUAUUUCCUUUGCCGGCAAAUUAGCUUUCACUUAGGUCACGAUAUCUGGUGGCUUGGUGUUGCCGUCCUUCUCAUUUCUGUUGUCGAGUCCGACCACUACAAGUCCCAGCCAGUGGCUUUUUCCACCUUCAACAUUAUUUUUGAGGUGGUUUCCGCAUAUAGCUGUGUAGGCGUGAGCAUUGGGUAUCCCGGCAAACAUUAUUCCUUCUGCGGGGAGUGGUACUCAUUCAGCAAGCUUUUGCUGGUGUCACUCUCGUUAUGGGGUCGACACCGCAGUCUGUCUGCGUUAACUGAGAAGUCUAUCUCGUUGUGUGUAUCUCCGGAAGCGGCGGAUGAGGAGAUGAUGAUACUGCAAAAGGACAAGGCCGAACAAGUAUAA